UGCCGUAAACCGUUCAAGUUAGAAAAGCUAGAACAGCUUGUGGCAUUUACAAAUGGAACAAAUCAAUCGAAGACCCUAUUUGUAAAGGGAUGGUAGAUGACAGGAGUUCUUUCUCUGCCUUGCGAGUUGAAAACUGUUCCACUACAAAAUGGCCGAGGAUGUGACCGUGAUUUUUGGGUCACUUCAAGAAUGCCUAAAAAGCCUUCGUGACCACGAAGUACAAACAAAUACGAGAUAUGCUGUUGGCUACAGCAGCAAAGGCUUUGGUAAAAGAAGUACCGGCUCAAAUAUUGUCAACAAGAAAAGGGUACAGUGGCUGAAUGGGAAACCGUUCAUCAGCCUUGGAUUUAAAGUGUACUUUUGUCAUCAUGGCAAAAAUUACCGACCAAACCAUAAUUCAAGAUCUCCAAAGGAACAUGGAUACAGCAAAGGUGAGCGUGUUCAUGCUCAACAGACGAAAAAAUUAGGAUGCCCAGCAAAGGUGCUGAUCAAAGAAGGAAUUAUGCUUCCUAACAGUCAUAAUGUACUGACGUCAAAACAAAAAAAAACUGUUGCCAGACAAGUAAGAGCCAACGUUGAUGCUGGAACUAAAGGAUUUUUGCUCAGAUUGCCCAGCAUUGAAGACCAUUCAUUUCACGUUACUGGAAAAGAGGCUGGAUUAACCCAGCCUAUAGACAAGGAGCUGAUAGAUGCUAUAGUCCAGUUUAUAGACGAGGGUGUGUAUGACUCCCCGAGUAUGAAACAGCAUCUGGAGCAGUACGUGCUGCGCUGCCAUCCUGCCAUCCUCCCGACCAACAGACGCUUCUACCCUACCAUCAGGACCAUACAGAACCAUAUGCACAAAGCCCUACGUAUAAAAUUCCCCAAUGGCGAGCAUAAAGUGAAGGUUAAAGGCAGCAGGCAAAGGGCAGAGGGUAGCAAACGCAAACAUAGAACGGGUGUAACAAAGAAAAAGGAUCACUCCACAAAACACCAAACCAAAGUCAAACCACCAACACAAUGGAAUCCUAAGGUUAACAUUGAUGGUACCAUGAUUCAACAACAUUACAUAGAUGAUACUGCAGACCAUGAGGAUGAGGUUGUACAGUGCCCACCAGAUGAUGAACAAGAUUUUUGA